AUGUCAAACUUAAGCACUGAUUCAAGUGCAGAAUUCGGAAAACGAGUUACUAAUCAACCAGUCUUUGCUCGUCCUAUUAUAACAAAUGAUAUUAAUAAAAUAAAAAAUACUGUAGUCUAUUCACAACCGAAUGAUACAGAAGUUUUAAGUCAACUUCAUAAUGUGAUUCGUUUCCUUAAGAAAAAAGUGGAUGUUUCGAACAUUCCAAUAUAUGGUGUUAUAGUAAAAGAAGAGGAUGAAGGUGAUGAAGAUGAGGAAGGUGAGGGAGGUGAAGAGGGUGAGGAGGGUGAAGAAAAUGACGAUGAUCCAAAGGAUGAUCACAAAUCAUUUUUGACUCUACUUUCCUUUCUUUUUUGA